AUGGCAACCGCAUAUUCUGUUCACUCAGUGAAAUCCUACAUGGAUGCCAUGAAUAGCAUGGUAAAUGCUGCUCAAGGGUUUGAUCUGACCUCUAAUGAUAUGGUUUGCCCAGAACUUGAAGUUGAGAGUGAAGAUUACGAGGAUAGUAAGAAUAGUAAGCUUACUAUCCUAUCUCAAGACAAAAAUGAGUGGGAUGAUAUAUUCAAUGAAUUCAGCGAUUUAUCAUCGGAUAAAUUGUUCGCCGCAAUAAAGCAGCAGAAAGCAGACAGGAAAUUCAAUAUUUUUCAGGAUCUCCAGAAAUUGAUGCUUAAUGCAAAAAACCCGACGAUGGAUGUGUCUUUAUUAUUAGAAUCUGUCAUAUCUAUUCUUUCAGAAAAGGAUAUGGAUAGAAUGCAGGCUGAGCUUUUUGACUUUUUGGGUGAUGAAAAUAUUGAACUGAUUUCCUUUCUCAUUCAAAACCGCAAUCAGAUCCUAUCAAAAUCGCAUGAAGAGAUCGAAGCCAUAUGGUGUAAUGUUGAAGCUUCCAAUACUUUUUUAAGUGAAAAAGAAAUACGGGCACAAUUCAUAAAUAACGUACAGAAAUCAAAGACUGACGAGCCGGCGGCGCUUCAAAAGCAAAGCAAGUAUCCUCACGUUUUUCGUAAGGAUGAUGCUGGAGCUGGUUUUUCACUAUCAUUUUCAGGCCAAAAGUUUGUCCUGCCUUCAGGAAGUACAAGACAUAGCUACCAGUCAUUUGAAGAAAUUAUAAUCCCUAUUUCAGAUGGAGGUGUAAAGCUUUCUGACAAGGCAAAAGAAAUUCAAGUUAGUGAUCUCGAUGUCUACUGUAGAUCGGUGUUUUCCUAUUCCACCCUUAAUAAAAUCCAGUCUUUGGUCUAUCCUGUUGCAUAUGAAACCAACGAAAAUAUGUUGAUUUGUGCUCCUACUGGUGCAGGAAAAACAGACAUCGCUCUACUCACAAUACUGAAUACAGUCAAGCAAUUUUCAUCUAUUAAGGAAGAUGGUGGUAUUGAUAUUUUGUAUGAUGCAUUCAAAAUCAUUUACGUUGCUCCGCUUAAGGCUUUGGCCGCCGAAAUAGUGGAAAAAUUCAGUAAAAAGUUAGCAAUCUUUGAUAUCAAGGUUCGUGAACUGACUGGUGAUAUGCAACUUACAAAGGGUGAGAUUAUAGAGACUCAAGUAAUCGUCACAACUCCCGAAAAGUGGGACGUAGUUACACGGAAAGGCAGUGGUGAUAAUGAAUUAGUUUCUAAAGUGAGGCUACUGAUUAUUGAUGAAGUACAUUUACUUCAUGAGGAAAGAGGUUCUGUAAUAGAGACACUUGUCGCCAGGACUCUGCGGCAAGUUGAAAGUUCGCAGUCAAUGAUUAGAAUUCUAGGUCUGUCCGCCACUCUACCUAAUUUUGGAGAUGUUGCAGACUUUCUGGGUGUCAACAGAUAUGUGGGAAUGUUCUAUUUCGAUCAGUCAUUUCGCCCAAAGCCGUUAGAGCAGCAACUACUUGGCUGUCGUGGGAAAGCUGGAAGUAGGCAGGCUAGAGAUAAUAUUGACCGCGUUUCUUAUGAAAGGUUGGCUGAGAUGAGACAGAAAGGCAAUCAGGUAAUGGUUUUUGUUCAUUCAAGAAAAGAUACAGUAAAAAGUGCCAGAACUUUCAUAAGUAUGGCGCGGACGAAUCAAGAGGCAGAUUUGUUCUCGGUAAACUCUCCAACGAAAGACCAUUAUACAAGGGAAAUGACACACAACAAAGACAAAGAUAUCAAAGAACUAUUUCAGUUUGGGUUUGGAGUUCAUCAUGCUGGUAUGUCGAGGUCCGAUCGUAAUCUGACUGAAAGGAUGUUUAAAGAUGGCGCAAUCAAUGUUCUUAUAUGUACUGCUACAUUGGCAUGGGGUGUCAACCUUCCUGCAGAUGUAGUAAUUAUCAAAGGCACCCAAGUCUACGAUCCAAAGAAAGGUGGCUUUACUGAUCUGGGAAUCUCAGACGUCAUUCAAAUUUUCGGUCGUGCAGGUAGACCGGGAUUUGGAUCUACUCAUGGAACAGGUAUACUUUGUACCACCUCAGACAAAUUGGAUCAUUAUGUUUCAUUGAUUACUCAACAGCAUGCAAUCGAAUCAAAACUAGGUACCAAGCUUGUUGACAAUUUAAAUGCUGAAAUAUCGCUUGGUACUGUAACUAACGUCGAAGAGGGUAUCCAGUGGUUAGGGUACACUUACAUGUAUGUCAGAAUGAAACAAAAUCCUUUCAUGUAUGGUAUCAACUGGGACGAGCUGAGGGAUGAUCCCCAACUAUAUGAAAGAAGACGGAAAAUGAUCGUGACCGCUGCGCGGAGACUGCAUACUCUACAAAUGAUUAUUUUUGAUGAAACGUCGAUGCAUUUCAUUCCUAAGGACUUGGGUAGAAUUUCUUCCGAUUUUUACCUCUUGAAUGAAUCAGUGGAGAUAUUCAAUCAAAUGUGCAACCCAGGUGCUACCGAGGCGGACGUGAUGUCCAUGAUUAGCAUGAGCAGCGAAUUUGAUAACAUGAAAUUCCGAGAAGAGGAAGCCGGUGAGCUUACCAAGCUCAUGGAUUCUGCCGUUCAAUGUCAAAUUGGUAGUGAAAUACAUUCAGCGCAAGGAAAAACAAAUAUCUUGCUCCAGUCAUUCAUUUCGAAGACCAAAAUAUUUGAUUCUGCACUUUUCUCCGAUUCAAAUUACGUUGCUCAAAACUCUGUAAGGAUUUGUAGGGCAUUGUUUUUGAUUGGUGUGAACAGAAGAUGGGGAAAAUUUGCAAAAGUCACUCUUGAUAUUUGUAAAUCAAUCGAGAAAAGAUUGUGGUCAUUUGAUCACCCGCUUUGUCAAUUUGAGUUAUCCGAACCCAUCUUGCACCAUAUCAGAGACAAGAAUCCAUCUAUGGAAAAUUUGUUGGACAUGUCGUCAGAGGAACUUGGUGAACUAGUUCAUAAUAAGAAAAUGGGAUCUAGACUGUACAAUAUGAUAAAUCGCUUCCCAAUGAUUGACAUUGGCGCAGAGAUAUUUCCAAUCACAGCCAACGUUAUGCGCAUUCAUGUUACUUUAGAGCCCAAUUUUCAAUGGGAUUUCAGAAUUCAUGGAGAUGCCCAAUUUUUCUGGGUCUUCGUCGAAGAAUCGGAUAAAUCUCAAAUCUUACAUUUUGAUAAAUUCAUUCUGAAUAAGCGACAGCUUAAUAAUCCACAUGAAAUGGAUUUCAUGAUUCCUUUGUCUGAUCCGCUGCCACCUCAAGUGGUCGUUAAAGUUGUGUCAGAUGUAUGGAUUGGCAGCCAGUCCACGCACGCCAUUUCAUUCCAGCAUUUGAUUAGGCCCCAUAAUGAAACUCUUCAAACUAAACUACAAAGGCUCAGACCACUGCCGGUUUCUGCUUUGCACAACGAACUUGUACAAUCGAUUUAUCAUUUCAAAUACUUUAAUCCACUCCAGACCAUGACAUUUCACACUCUUUAUAACACCAACGAGAGUGUGUUUGUGGGGUCACCUACAGGAUCAGGUAAAACAGUGGUAGCAGAAUUGGCUAUGUGGCAUGCGUUCAAAGAAUACCCGGGAAGUAAAAUUGUUUAUAUUGCUCCUAUGAAAGCUUUGGUACGUGAAAGAGUCGAUGACUGGAGGGAGAGAAUUACUCCCACAACUGGAGAUAAGGUAAUUGAAUUGACUGGUGACUCCAUCCCAGAUCCAAGAGAUGUUAAAGAUGCAACAAUUGUAAUCACUACACCCGAAAAGUUCGAUGGUAUUUCUCGUAAUUGGCAAACCCGUAAAUUUGUUCAGGAUGUAUCUUUAAUUAUCAUGGAUGAAAUUCAUUUGUUAGCAAGUGAUAGAGGUCCCAUUUUAGAGAUGAUUGUCAGUCGUAUGAACUACGUCUCAUCUCAAACAAAGAAGCCCGUACGAUUAUUAGGUAUGUCCACUGCAGUCUCUAAUGCUUACGACAUGGCGAGUUGGUUAGGCGUUAAGAAUAACGGUCUUUACAAUUUUCCGUCAAGUGUUAGACCUGUUCCUUUGAAAAUGUUUAUUGAUGGCUUUCCUGAUAACUUGGCUUUCUGUCCUCUGAUGAAAACUAUGAACAAACCAGCAUUCAUGGCGAUCAAACAACAUUCGCCAAACAAACCCGUUUUAAUAUUUGUGGCUUCUCGUCGUCAAACAAGGCUAACUGCGUUAGACUUAAUUCAUCUCUGUGGUAUGGAAGAAAAUCCACGUAGAUUCUUGAAUAUUGAAGAUGAAGAAGAACUUCAGUAUUACUUGUCGCAGGUAUCCGAUGAAACUUUGAAAUUAUCUUUGCAGUUUGGGAUUGGUCUACAUCAUGCUGGUUUGGUGGAAAAAGAUAGAUCAAUAUCGCAUCAGCUAUUCCAACGUAAUAGGAUUCAAGUGUUGGUUGCUACAUCUACUCUGGCUUGGGGUGUUAACUUACCCGCUCACCUAGUGAUUAUAAAGGGUACACAAUUCUAUGAUGCUAAAAUUGAAGCUUACAGAGAUAUGGACUUAACCGACAUUUUGCAAAUGAUGGGCAGAGCUGGUAGGCCUGCUUUUGACACUUCUGGUACCGCAAUCGUUUACACCAAACAAUCCAAAAAGAUGUUCUACAAGCAUUUCUUGAACGUUGGAUUUCCCGUUGAAUCGUCACUACACAAGGUGCUUGAUGAUCAUAUGGGUGCCGAAAUAUCCUCUGGGUCAAUUACCAAUAAGCAGGAGGCUUUGGAUUUUUUGAGCUGGACGUUUUUGUUCAGAAGAGCGCAUCACAACCCAACGUAUUACGAUAUUUCUGACGACGUUUCAGAUUUUGGUGUUAACAAACAUUUAAGUGAACUCAUUGAUGCCACAAUAGAAAAUUUAAAAGACUCGCAAUGUGUGAUAUUACGGGGAGACGAAAUUGAACCGACGCCUUUUUUAAGUAUUUCAUCCUAUUACUAUAUUUCCCAUAAGACAAUAAGGCAGUUACUGAAGCAAAUCCAUAAUAAAGCCACUUUCAGAGAAGUUCUCAAGUGGCUCUCUUUGGCUUUCGAGUUCAAUGAGCUCCCAGUAAGGAACGGUGAAAUCAUCAUGAAUAUUGAAAUGUCAGCUAGCUCAAGAUACACGGUGGAAAGUACAUUUACCGAUGAGCAAGAGCUACCUAUGUGGGAUCCUCAUAUUAAAGCAUUUCUUCUAUUACAAGCGUAUUUAAGUCGUGUUGACUUACCAAUCGCUGAUUACCAUCAAGAUACGAUAUCGGUAUUGGAUCAAACUCUGCGUAUUUUACAGGCAUAUGUUGAUGUGGCUAGCGAAAUGGGAUAUUUCCACACUGUUUUGACUAUCAUAAAAGUUAUGCAAUGUGUUAAGCAAGGGUGCUGGUAUGAGGAUGAUCCUGUAUCAACUCUACCAGGAAUGACCUUAACUAGACUUAAUGAGAAAGAAUUCAAUGAACAAGGUCACCGUGUAGAUAAGGUGCAAAAGUUAACGUUAGAUAAAGUUGGUCGGAUGAGCCCCAGAAAACUAGAGGAACUGGCCCGCAAGAUGAAUGUCCCUAAAGAGAAAACAAAAAAAUUUGUGAAUGAAGCAACUAGAUUACCUGUUCUAGUUGACAUCAGUGUUUUGCCGCAAACAUCAGCUAACGAAUUAGUGAUUACCUCCAAGCACGCGAGUCCGAAAUACAAUCGUGAGUUUGCUGUUUGGUGUGACAGAUUCCCCAAAAUGCAGAAGGAACUGUGGUUCGUAAUUGCUUAUAAAGAUGAUGAAUUGAUGAUGAUAAAGAGAUGUCAACCAAGGAAGCACCAGAGAGAGGUGUCUGUUCGGUGUGAUUUCGUGGUUCCUGAAGAAUUGCAGGGGGAAAAGCUGGAAUUUAUUCUCAUCAACGAUGCCCUGGACAUCCACUACGAAUUUUCGCACAAGCUGAUGUGA